AAAUCGACUGGUAUAUUAACGCAAGUUGAGACGCAAACGCACAGUAGCUCGUCAACUUUGAAAUAGAGCUACUCGUAAUCAGUAAAAAAUGGAUCGGGUCAUAAAAGUUAUUCCAUUCGCGAUAUUCCUAUUCGGAUUCGUCGGCUCAUCUGUUAUCCCAGUUGACAAAUGCAAACUCGAGGACUCGGCAUGCUUGAAGGAGGCUUUCCAACAGGCUCUGCCAGUGUUCGCCGCCGGUAUCCCUGAUGUGGGGAUAGAAGUUCUAGACCCGUUGCAUAUGGAUGACCUGUCUUUUGACCUUUCAGGCCUUCAGUUCAGCUUGAAAGAAGGCCAAUUGAAAGGAUUGAAAACCGCAGAGUUCGAUAAAAUCAAGUGGGACUUGAAAAAGAAGAGGAUAGAAGUAGACUACCACUUAAACUGCUCAGUACGAGGUCACUACACGGCCGGUGGUCGGCUACUGAUCUUACCCAUUAAUGGAGACGGUCAAUUGAAGUUGAAACUUAGAAAUGUCGCUAUAGCGAUGUUUAUAGACUAUAAGAUGGAGAAGGGUGCGGAUGGCAAAGAAUACGUUAAGCCCACAAAAUAUGAAUUCGCCUUUGAUGUGAAAGACAAUGCUCACUUCAGUUUAACGGGACUUUUUAACGGAAAUAAGGAGCUCAGUGACACAAUGUUAUCGUUUUUAAACGAAAACUGGAAGCAAGUCUCUAUUGAAUUUGGAAGACCAAUGAUAGAUGGAGCAGCAAGGAAGAUAUACAAAAAUGUAGUGAUAUUUUUCAGUAAAAUGCCUCUAGCCGAAAUAGCUAACGUGUGAUAAUUUAAUUAAAUAUAUAUAUAGCGGGUUCGAUAUUUUUGUAAUAAAGUUUAUUUGUGAUA